AUGGGCAGAAAGGACAAGUCUCGUAGUGCUCGUCGCACCGGGUCGCCGAUUGGAGAGCCUCAGGAUCUGCCCACUGAGUCUGAAGUUUCUGAAGGAGUUUAUGAGGUUGAAUGUAUAGUUGCUCAUCGAGUACGUCAUGGAAGUACAGAAUACAAAGUACGAUGGUGUGGAUGGUCAGAGGAGUUCGAUGAAUGGUUGGAUCCUUCAAAUAUGGACUGCCCUGAGGCUGUGAGGGAAUACUGGGAGAAGGUGUCGAGCCGUACUGGAGUGAAUCAACAACGUUUGGAUAUUUGCGGUAGAAAAUCCUUUUACUCGAAACGACAUGUUCAGUCUUCAAAAGCCAAACGAAAACUUGAAAUGGACACUCAGCACCAAUACCGCAGUUCUGGCAACGCCAUUGUCGACUCAUCCGACACGAACGGAAAUACCUGUGAUUCAACUAUACAUGUAAUUAAUGAUAAGAGCGACAUUCUGGGACAAGGUCAAUCCAAAAGGAAAGAACGAAAGGUCGAGACAGUAGUUCGGUCAUCACUGUUAACUAAAAGUGGAGUUGCACAAUCCCUUGCCAACACGAUCAGUCCUUUGGCAUCUUCGUCUUUAUCGACCGCUGGUGAUAUCAGCGGUAACAGCUGCACUUCCAGCGUUAACAAUUUAGUCCAUGUAUCCACAAUCGAUACUCCAUCGGCAAAUGGCCACGAGGAAGCGGCGGAAGUCGAUAUGGACGUGAGCGCAUCAGCAGACUCAACGAUACAUGCAGCUAAUAAAGAACCUGGAUCACAGAAGUGGUUUAUCGGGCCACAUGGAUUCGAAAGAGGAUUAACAGCAUUGAUUCGAGGCUUCGAAGAGCACUAUGUUCGAUGUCGUCAAAACAAACAUCCUCUCCAGGAGUUCGUAGAGCUGCAGAAACGGAAUUGGAACGAAUCGCAAAAGGAGUUGAUUCAUGUUUGA